GUAGUUUGAGGUAUAAAAAUAGAGCACAACCCACGGAGGUAUGAAAAGGAUGUAAACACAUACCUGUGUACACUCACCUGUAGACAGCAGACAGCAACAUGGCCACCGCUACAGACUCCACUGUUCCACUGAUUUCCACAGACACGAAAGCCUCUACAAGUGUGUCGAUGAAUAACACUCCACCCCCCGGGUACUACCAACUGCCACAAUUCCACCCUGGGACUGGACCAGUCCUCUGCCCACCCCAGUUGAUGGGAAUGAACGUGAUCCAGCCUACCUCAGCUGGGCCCACAAUGAUACAGAUGACUCAGCCAGUGGUGACGGUACUGAAGCCAGCAACCACGUGUCCCCUGGUGAUGUCGGUGCUCAGUUCCAUUUUCUGUUGUUUCAUCUGCGGCAUGGCUGGCAUCCUCGUCGCCUGGAAGGCCCGCCUGGAGGUCCUGGAAAAUAAGUACGAGCAGGCUCGCCAUUCCAUCAACAUCGUCUGGAUUUUCUUCGGCCUCACCAUCUUCUUUGGACUCGUCACUUGGGGAAUGGUGUCCUUCUACUUAGUCGUGAUCGUACCAGGAAUCUUCCGUUAUUAUAAUUAGCAUUCUUAUUGUACUAAAGCAACAGGUCAUUCCACAGUUCCCUCUGAAUUGUCCUUUGUUUAUAAUCAGCGCUUUUUUCAUAAUGCUUCUUUGCUGUUUUGGUACCCACGGAUGUUUAUUUUCGUUUUCUUUUCAUUCUCUCCGCUGGCUGCUGGAAUGUCUGUCAAGAACAAAGACUCGCAUUGAAUUCCAGCAGUCCUUUUGUUUGAUAGUUGUAUUCAAUCCACGCACAUUAUACAUGUAAAUAGCAUGCGCAAAUAAUGACAACCUUUUAACUUUUUAAAUCAUUCUUCUUUAUAUCUUGUUCUUUUGCUUACAAUAAUUUUACAGUUUAUCAGUCAAUUUAUCUCUUUUUUGGUUUAUGUCGGAUCUUAACCCUCUCCCCCCUACACACACCAUUUUGCUUUGUCUCGAAAUAUUUGUGCAAUAAAGAAUAAUCUUUACUGAAA